AUGGCGGAGCAGAAGACCGAGCGCGAGUGCGCCAUGGAGGCAGAGCGGCUCGGGAACAAGCUCAAGGGUGCCAUGAACAGCGGAAAGUCGCAGCUGGUCAAGAUUCUGAAGGACAUCUCCGACGCGCUGAGCCGCGUGGGUCAGGGUGAGGACGGCGGUGAGAUCAAGGAUUUACCGAGGAAGCUCAUCACCGCCACCUUGCUCAAGCACAAGGAGAAGGAGGUGCGCCUCUAUGCCGCGCUCUGCCUCAGCGACGUCCUGCGCAUCUUCGCCCCCGAGGACCCGUAUCAGGACGACCUCGUUCUCAAGGGUGUCUACGUCGCGUUCCUGGACGCUCUCGCGCACCUGAAGGACCCUUCCAAGUCCACGUUCGAGUGUGCGCACGCGCUGCUGCAGAACAUCGCGGCUAUCGGCCUGUGCGUGCCCAUGCUCGACCUGGAAUGCGAGGGUGCGGAUGCGCUGGUGCCACAGCUGUUUGAGACGCUGUUUGACGCGCUGAACCCUUCCAACGCCGGGCUGGUGGAGGAGGACGUGACCAAGGUCCUCGCCAUCAUGAUCGAAGAGGACGAGUCGACGUCCCCGGAGGUGUUGCACGCGGUGCUGGAGCGGCUCAUCCAACCGCUGCGGGGCGAGAACUCGGCGGCGCACUCGCUCGCGUGCAACCUGGUGCGGAAGAGCGAGAACAACCUUCAGCUCGCGGUGCAGCACUUCCUCACUGACGCGCUCAACACAAGGGGCGCGGGUGACCACCCGCUGAGCAAGAGGUACGCCGACGUCCUCGAAGCUGUGGCCGUGGUCGACUCCACCUCGCUCGUCACCGUCUGGCCGGUCAUCAUGGACGAGCUGCAGAACGACGACGAGGAGGCGAGGCUGCGCGCGGUGAGGCUCUUUGGCAGGAUCCUGUCCGCGCCUGGAAGCGCGGUGGCGAGAGACUUUGGCAACUACCUCCAACAGUUCCUGAAGCGGUUCAACGACAAGUGCACUGCGGUGAGGGUUGAGAUGUGCAGGUGGGGCGCGUCCUUCCUCCUCUGUGGCAACAACUCGGACCCGUCCGUGGCGAGGGAGGUUGUCGAGAGUUUCGACCAGAGGCUGCUGGACUUCAACCAGGAGGUCCGAUGCGCCUCGGUGUCCGCCAUCUGCGACCUGGCGGAGUCGUUCCCUAGGCUAAUCGAACCCGAGCUCCUCAAGGCUGUUGGCGACCGGAUGGUCGACAAGAAGAACUCGGUGAGACAGCUGGUGAUGAAGAGGCUCAGCGCCGCGUACCGCGUCUACGUCGCUCGGUUUGCCGACACGGAGACGCCCCCCGCGGAGGCUUUGAGGUUUGACUGGAUCCCGUCGCUUCUGCUGAAAGGAUGUUACCAGCCAGACAUCAAAUACCACGUCGUGGAACCCAUCCUCGCCGACCUUUUCCCCGCUAAGGUUAGCAUGGAGCGUAGGUCCACGUACUGGCUGCAGGCACUCUGCUCCAUGGACGAGGCUUCCUCCCGGGCGUUUACGCACAUGCUCGGCGCCAAGCUCAAGGUUCAGCGCGACAUGCGCGAGUACCUCUCGGUCAGGCAGAAGUCGAAAGCGUCGCAGCAGUCCCAGGGUGCAGAAGAGGCGGCGGAGGAGGUUGAUGCGGAAACUCUUGCGCGGCAGUUUACCAAGGUUGGGAGCAACUUCCCAGACCCCAAGAAGGCUGCGGGUCACAUGGAGAAGAUUCAUGCGAUGAAGGAUGGGAACAUCUUCAGGGGCCUCUCCGCUCUGAUCAAGCCCGAGACAUCCGCUGCGGAGUGCGAGCGAAUCACGGACGACAUCCUGAAGAGGAUUGGGAGCAAGAACCCCGCCUACGAGUGGGCCAAACUCCUGCUGGUGAAGCUCUCCCAGCAGCCCUUCGGCCGCGAGCACGUAUGCAGGGUGCUGGAGAUGGCGGUCGCAGCGGUGGAUGACAAGGGAAAACUCUCGUCCGUGACUGCAGCGCUGCAGCACCUGGUGCAGCUCGCGACCAGUUCGCCGCACGUGUUCGGGGUAGUCGCCAAGGAUCUCACCAGCCUCGUGCACCACGGGAAUGAGAACGUGGUGGAGAUGGCGUGCAGGAUAACCGCAUCGGCUCCAAGCUGCCUCGACGGCACCUCCACGUUGCAGGGCGCGAUCAUCGAUCGGCUCAAGGUGCUGUGCGUGGAGGGUACCGGCGCGCAGGCAAAGCAGGCGGCGCGCACUCUGGUGUGGCUAGCGUGUCAUGGCAAGGAGGGACUCGGUCACAUCAAGGAGGUGCUCGAGGUCAUUUCCGAAGCUGCGAGGGACGAUGAGCUGCUGGACAGCAACCUGCCGGGGGUGCUUGCAACCGUGAGUGUCGUUGGACAGAGGAUGCCCGCACUCUUCAUGCAGCACGUUGAUGACAUCGAGACCUUCAUCGUCAAGGACCUGAUGGCGCGACCGCUGCCCCAGAGCCCUAAAUCCUCGCGCGUCAGCUCCCUCGCGCAGAUGCAGUCGAGCGGCUUGAAGGCGUUGGCGAUUGGCUGCACGCGCUCGCAGGACAAGUCACAGGCAGCGACGCGAUCUGCGUACACGAAGCGCGUCGUGGAUGUGCUCCGGUCGAUUUUGUUGGCCGAUGCGAACGAUAUGGAACGGUUUGGAAGCGCCGCGGACGCCGCCCACCUCCGCGUCGCUGCGGGGAAGGCCUUCCUCGUCCUUGUCAGGUCCACGCCCUCGUUUGUGCAGCCGGAUUUGUUCGUUUCCACCUCGCUCCUCGUGAAGGAGUCCCCCGCAGAGAUGAUCGGCAAGUUCGAGCACGGUAUCAUCAAGCACGGCCUACCGCAGGCUUUCGCUGCACCGCUCGCUCUGUGUGCCGUCGGUCACGACUCGAUCACGAGAAAAACCGCCGCCGAUGCUCUGAGCUCCAUCUUUGCCAACUUGCGAAGGCGAUCCGUCGAGUUCAGGGAGAGGUAUGCCUCAUCAAUGGACGCCGCGGCGCUCAACAGGACAGCUCUGACCCACUCUGCGGAGUACACAUUGCCGUAUCUCGUCUUCCUCCUCGCGCACCAUCCGGAUCUGCCCAGCAAGGAGACAGGCGCGGCGAACAAUGGAGUGGCGUACCGCCCCUUCCAACAGAUGGUCAGCUUCCUUGUCGGCACGCUCACCGCUGGUUCCAAGCAGUGCCUGCCGGCUGCGCUGAAGAUGAUGAGGGCGCUGAAGGGGACGGUGGACUCGACGAACGUGGAUCUGAGCCACGGGAUAUACGUCAUGUCGGAUAUCGUGCUCCUCGUGCUCAACAAGCUGGCCACGCAGAAGGGUUGGGACACCAGUCAGUUCCCCGGACAGAUCUCCUGGCCGAAGGCUUUCUUCACGCUUCAGGAGCGCCGCGCGAAGGGCGACCCCAUCGAUGAGGGCGGGGCUCCCAGGGUUGGGGACUACAGCCACCUCCCUGUGGGAUUCGAGCUCAAGGCCGCCGCGGCUCCCAAGCAGGCUGACGGUCAAAGGUCCAAAACUGCUCCCAGGCGCUCCAGAAAGAAGGAUCCCAAGACGCCGCUGCGAAAGAACGUCGCCGCGCCCUCCCGCAGGCUGCCCUCCCGCGCCGCGAGGAGGGCUGCCUUUGUAGACACGGACGGCGAGGAGGAUUACGACGAGGACGAGGAUGCCAUGAUGGAGGUUGACGGCGACGACGACGGCGCGAACCUGGCCACCUUUGGACUGCGCCGGGAGCCCGCCCUGGAACUUCCCGCGCCUUCGGGCUGGAAGGGCGAGGAAGAGGAGGCCGAGGAAGAGGAGGCCGAGGAGGAGGAGGAGGAGGAGGAGGAGGAGGAAUUUGAGGAGGAGUCCGACGAUGAGCCCUCGGAAGACGAGAACGAGGCUCUGGCGAACGAGGGCGACGAGGCUCUGGACUCCCCUGUCAUGGGGAAGAGGAAGAGCGGAGCUCCCCUGGCUGUUCGAACCAACACUCCGCCCCCCAUGUCCAGGAGCGCCAGGACGGCGGCGAAGGUUACGAGCCCCUUGGCGGACAAGCGCAGGACGACCGCCGCGAGCUCUUACGAUCCGGAGAACCUGGACGGGGCGACCAUCGGGAGAGUCAGCAAGCAGCGCAGGCGGUGAGACGGUUGAGUACGCGGGAAAGACGGAACGGCGCACACGGAGGAGAGAGUGAACGCACACGUCCACGCGAACAUUGAAAUGAGAACCAAGUCUGUAUGUCU